UAUAUCUAUCUAUACAUGUGUGAAAAUUCCCAAAGAGAUCGAAAAUUCAGAGCUUCUCCCCACCGAGCAUGGCGAAGGAGGAAACAUCACCGCUGCUCCGCCGUGGAGAAUCGCCGGGAAUAAAGUCUCCGGCGACGGCGAGAGAGUUCGGCGAGGAGUCACGGAGGCUGUGGAAACUUGCCGGACCGGCAAUCUUCACCGCAAUCUGUCAAUACUCACUCGGAGCACUGACUCAGACCUUCGCCGGACAUAUCGGAGAGCUCGAACUCGCCGCCGUCUCCGUCGAGAACUCCGUUGUCGCCGGUCUCGCCUUUGGCGUCAUGUUAGGGAUGGGGAGUGCAUUGGAGACGUUAUGUGGGCAAGCGUUCGGGGCGGGACAGCUGCGGAUGUUAGGAGUAUACAUGCAACGUUCUUGGGUCAUUCUCUUCGUCACUGCAUGCUGUUUGCUUCCCGUCUACGUCUGGUCUCCUCCUAUCCUUUCUUUCUUCGGCGAGGCUCCUCCUAUCUCCCGAGCUGCGGGAAAAUUCGCGUUGUGGAUGAUACCGCAGCUAUUUGCCUACGCGAUGAACUUCCCGAUACAGAAAUUCCUACAAUCGCAGGGAAAAGUGCUCGUGAUGGCAUGGAUUUCCGCGGCGGUUCUCGUGAUCCAUGCGAUCGUGAGCUGGCUGCUUAUCCUCAAGCUUAACUGGGGACUGGUCGGAGCAGCAAUCACUCUAAAUACGUCGUGGUGGUUGAUCGUUAUCGGACAAUUGUUGUAUAUCUUUAUCACGACUUCGGAUGGUGCGUGGAACGGAUUCUCGUGGCUCGCGUUCCGGGAUUUAUACGCUUUCGUCAAGCUCUCUUUGGCUUCCGCUGUUAUGCUCUGCUUGGAGUUCUGGUACUUGAUGGUUCUUGUGGUCGUCACGGGUCUUCUUCCCAAUCCGCUUGUUCCAGUUGAUGCCAUCUCUAUAUGCAUGAACAUAGAAGGCUGGACCGCCAUGAUCUCCAUCGGUUUCAAUGCUGCAAUAAGUGUGAGGGUUUCGAACGAAUUAGGCGCGGGGAAUUCCCGGCUAGCGAAAUUCUCGGUGGUAGUUGUCUCGAUCACGUCCAUUGCAAUCGGGCUCGUGUGUAUGAUCGUUGUCUUGGCCACGAGAUAUUACUUUCCCCAUCUCUUCACUUCGAGCGAAGCCGUGGCAGCGGAGACCACGAGGCUCGCCGUCUUGUUAGCCUUCACCGUCCUUUUGAACAGCCUCCAACCCGUCUUGUCGGGAGUUGCGGUUGGAGCGGGAUGGCAAUCUCUGGUGGCUUAUAUCAACAUCGGGUGUUACUACAUUCUCGGGUUGCCUCUCGGGAUCGUGCUCGGGUUCACGCUAGGCCUCGGCGUUCAGGGGAUUUGGUCCGGUAUGGUUGCUGGGAUUUGCUUACAAACCAUCAUCCUGAUCGUCAUCAUCUACCUGACUAACUGGAACAAAGAGGCGGAACAAGCGGAGAGUCGGGUUCGGAGAUGGGGUGGCUCAACGGUCGAGUGAUAUAUUCCAUAUCUUCGGAUUAGUGACGGACGAAGGUCUUAUUGUAGGGAAGAAAAAGUUAAUUUUAUUAUAAAAUUUUAAAAUUUUAAUCCCUAUAAAAACUAUAUUAUAUGUCGUCUGAAAAUUGAUAGCUUUCUUUUUAUCAUUUUGCUCUUAGUUA